AUGAAGAGAUUUCGACCAGAAGAGUUUGAUUUUGCACUCGACAAAUCAGUUCCGAUAACCAAUGAUGACGAAGAUAAUUCUACAAUCUAUAAUCCUACAAUAUUACUCAAUGAUCUUCCAAAAGAAAUAGUAUCAUUAAUAAUUGACUAUCUUUUGCAUAUUAAAGAUGGAUUCUCUUUCAUAUCAACAUGCUCUGCAUUCCGAGAGGUUUUGAAUCAUCAUGAAUUAUUUAUUGAAUACAGAUUGAACCGAGAGUUGGAUUUAUUAAUCAAGAGAGAAGAAUCGAGUAUUGUAUUUCGUGAAAAUAGGAAUAGAAUUAAUGUUUUUAGCACCAAACUGUCGAAUGUUUCAAAAUUGAUUGAAGUAAAGCAAAUUAGAGAUUCGAAACUAGAGGAUUGGAGGAAAAUUGUCAAUCAAUAUCGAGAGCCUUACAGGAAAGCUAUUUGGAAAUACUUGCUAAAUAGAGUGAGUUAUCAUUCGCCAACAUUGUUUGCUAGUGGAGUUUCUGUUUCUCUCACAAAUGAAACUAAGGAUUGUCAAUUUUAUAUUGACAAUGUAUUGAUAAAGUGUUGUGAGAUUAGCUAUCAUUCCCACAAUCUUAUGGCUUUUCACAAUGGAGAAGCUAUCGAACUAGUGAAUGAACAAAACUAUCCAAAACCUGUAGCAGUUAAGAAAUUUAAGGAAAUUAUUGGAAUUACUGAAUCAAAGGUUGGAAAGAACAUUUACAAAAUGUUUUCUACUAGCACAGUUUUGAACCUUUUGAUAGCAUCUCUCCCCAAUGCAUUUCAUUUCAUUCACACGAUUGAAGAUGACUUGGAUAGCAGUGGCUCUGAUGAGGAAAAUGAUUUUGAUGGAACUAAUGACGAAGAUGAAUAUGAUGACGAUAUUGAAUACGAACUUGUAGAUCAACAUUUAGUAUCUAAUUAA